GAAGGCGCAUCGUCAGUCUCGCAUUGGCUUUUUAAUGAAUGCCUCUUGCCCUUGGAUGCAAUAAACCCCCUUCCCUCUUUUUCCUAGGUUUUGCUCCCGUCUUUUGCAGACUUGGCUCUUGAUUGUGUCUUUUUCUUUUGCUCAGAAUAACACUGAAUCGUUAAUUUAAUUUUCUAUUGCACACUCACUUUAUCAUGAUUCUCGACAAGGAAUUAGGCGCCCUUGCGUCUCGCGCUGAGGGAAUGGGUCUCACGCGAGUGCUUCCGAGAGAAGCCAAGGAAACAUGUCGCAAUGAUCAAUACUCGGAUACCUGCGAAAAGCCCAAUAUUAGCACAGGCGAGAUCAUGCUAAUUCUCUUCAUCGCCAGCACCGUCGUAGCCCUUGGCGUUAUCGCUCUGCUAUGCUACCUCCAUCGUCGUCGCCAGCGCCUAGAUAAACUCGAAGACCCGAAGGAUUUCCAAGAACUCGACGACUACGGCAUUGCGCCGAUUAAGCAAAAACCAGCAGAUAUGCCCCGAGCCCCACCGCCGACGUAUGAACGAUCACAGGACAGGAAGGAAAUGAAUACGGCUUCGCCUGCAACUACGAAUGAGAAUUGGGGACGUCAAAGGGACUCGACUGAUUCGUUAACGCCGUCGCUUCGACAAGCGAUGGGGGUGACGCCCCGAGAUACAUUGGCCAAUCACUAGGGAGGUAUUCCACUGUGGACGGUAGGCGGUUAAGCUACUGCAGGUGUCGAUCGGUUAUGCAUAAUCGACCUGAGGUGUCGGGUGUUUCAGAGAUGCAGCUACGCGAUAGUCGCCGAUUUACAGAGGGGAUAGCAAGAUUGGCAUGUCCUUACGAUGGCGUUUGGGAGAUCAAUUGGUAUGGAUGGCGUACAGGCUUCUUGCAGGAUGGCGUUCUUCUGGUCGGGUUUGGACUACCUUGCGCAUGACUAGCGACAGUUUCCUUCACAAUUCGAGAAUAUUCUGAUACCGGUUGCUGGAUGCAUCUGUGAUGGUGAAGCAAUUGUGACAUUCUCACUCUGGUCUAAGCUUAGACGAGCCAUGCAAAACUUAGGUAAGACUUUUCUUGCCUGUGAUAGUUUCGGUCUGGUCUUCUCAGAUCCUCUUAGUUAGCUGACUGAGGUCAGAAGCUCACCACGCAUGGCCAUCAUGUAUAACGAGACGCCUCAGACGAAGAGCAUCUUCGUAUGUGACCUUGGUUCAGUAGAAUUCAGUUCAGCUGAUUAUCUCAGUGAGGCGGUGGAUAACGCAGUGUAACUCUGUUGUCAAUACACUUUAGUGAAUAUGCUUCUUUGAAGAC